GACUGCCUUAUAGGUCUGCCCUCUGACGGAUGCUGCUGCAGAUCUCAGUGGCCUCCUUGAGCUGUGGACUACAAGCCCUGGGAACAGCAGACUGACACCACCUGUUUAGCAGCAAGCUUAGAAGCUCCACAAAGUUUCAGGGACACAGACAUGGCCAAGGAGAUGUCUCAAGAACAGGUGGCCGCCUUCAAGGCAGCCUUUGAUGAGGCAGACUUGAAUAAAGAUGGAAAGAUCAGCAAGCAGGAGCUGCGGGAGGUGAUGAAGAAGCUGGGCAAGAAUAUCACAGAUGAGGAGCUGACACUACUCAUGCAAGCUGUGGACAGGGAUGGUGACGGUAGCAUCAGCUUCGAGGAGUUCCUGGAUGUGAUGAAAAAGCAGAUGAAGUCCCUGGGCAAUGAGGAGAUGCGGGCUGCCUUCCAACUCUUUGACCAGAAUGGUGAUGGCCACAUCAGUGUGGAAGAGCUCAAACAGACGAUGGCCAAGCUGGGGGAGCAUCUUUCUCAGGAUGAGCUGGAUGCCAUGAUCCAGUUGGCUGAUGUGGACAAGGAUGGGAAGGUGAACUAUGAGGAGUUCAUGCGGGUCAUCAACCAGAAGUGAGGCUUUACCCUGACCCUGUCUGCCUGACUCUGGGCUGCCAGGAUCUGGCACCUUCUCAGGGACCUUGCUUUUGUGGUGGGGCUAUAGUGGAAACUCUAGGUUGGUGGACAGGAAAUUACCUCACAGAUGAGGAUGAUUUUGCUCUCUGGAGCCUGGAAGCUGCAGCAUCUGGGGAUGCUAAUGAGCCCCUCUCUGCCUACUGAUUCCCUGGGUGAAAGGCGUCCUCUUUGGUCUGGUCUCUCUUUCUUUCCCACAGUGUAGUAGGUGUUUCUCACUUCACAAGGCUGUUGUGAUGAUCUAAAUAAAAGGAAUG